AUGGAUGCUUAUUCGCUUCAUCUAGCAAUGGCGGCCCUCUUUGGAGCGUCGUUUGUGGCGGUUUCUGCGUACUAUAUGCACCGGAAAACUCUGAACCAGCUGCUCGACUUUGCCAAGGCGAUAGAGAGAGAUAGAGAGGACGCGUCGGCGGCGGAGCUCGUGAGGAAGUAUCCUUCCGGGAGGCGGAGGAAGGGGUAUGGCGGGCACUACCGCCGUGGUUCGGCGUCAUUGCCGGACGUGACGACGUUUCCCGGCGGCGGGGUGGGUGAGGUGGGCGAGAGAAGGAAUGGUUCGGUGCAUGUGGAUGGGGUACCGGUGGGGCUGCCGAGGCUUCGCACGCUGGCUGAAGUUGGACAUCUUGUUCGGCCUACUUCCCCUCAAUCGCCUGUUGCUAGUGCAAGUGCAAGUGCAUUUGAAAAUGUAGAAGGUUCGGACGACGAAGAUAUUAUGACCGAUAGUGCUAAGCUAGAAACUGCGUAUCUUCAUGUUAAUGGAAAUGCGAAUGUAUCUGAGCCCAUAAAUGCUAAUGGUGAAGCAAUGCCCAUUUCUGCAAGCAUGGUUCGCUCGCAUAGUGUAUCUGGUGACCUGCAUGGUGUUCAACCUGAUCCUGUAGCAGCUGAUAUUCUGAGGAAAGAACCAGAGCAUGAGACUUUUGUACGAUUGAGAAUUUCCCCCAUGGAGAUACCGUCUCUGGAUGAAGCGGAGGUCUACCGAACACUGCAAGAUUGCCUUGAAUUGCGGAGGAGUUAUGUCUUUAAAGAAGCUGUUGCUCCAUGGGCGAUGGAAGUUAUAUCUGAUCCCACCACUCCAAAGCCGAUUGAGAACCCAUUUGAUCAUGCUCCAGUGGGGAAGUCAGAUCACUACUUCCAAAUGGAAGAUGGGGUGGUUCAUGUUUACGCGAAUAAAGAUGCAAAAGAGAAACUUUUUCCUGUAGCUGAUGCCACAACAUUUUUCACAGACCUGCAUCAUAUCCUUAAAGUCAUAGCAGCUGGUAAUAUCCGAACUUUAUGCCACCACAGGCUGGUUCUUCUAGAGCAGAAAUUCAAUCUUCAUCUGAUGCUUAAUGCGGACAGAGAGUUUUUGGCUCAGAAAAGUGCACCGCAUAGAGAUUUUUAUAAUGUUAGGAAAGUUGACACACACGUCCAUCAUUCCGCUUGCAUGAAUCAGAAGCAUCUUCUACGGUUUAUAAAGUCGAAGUUAAGGAAGGAACCAGAUGAGGUUGUUAUAUUCCGAGAUGGGACAUAUCUGACUUUAAAAGAAGUGUUCGAGAGCUUGGACUUAACUGGAUAUGACCUCAAUGUUGAUCUUUUGGAUGUUCAUGCGGACAAAAGCACCUUUCAUCGCUUUGACAAGUUCAAUUUGAAGUACAAUCCUUGUGGUCAGAGCAGAUUGAGAGAAAUAUUUUUAAAACAGGAUAAUCUCAUUCAAGGUCGUUUUCUCGCCGAAUUAACUAAGCAAGUGUUUACGGAUAUGGAAGCAAGCAAAUAUCAAAUGGCCGAAUAUCGAAUAUCCAUAUAUGGCAGGAAGAUGAGUGAGUGGGACCAACUAGCCAGUUGGAUUGUAAAUAAUGACUUAUACAGUGAGAAUGUUGUAUGGCUGAUUCAGCUUCCAAGACUCUACAACGUGUACAAGGAAAUGGGAAUUGUGACCUCAUUUCAGAGCAUCCUCGAUAAUAUUUUUCUGCCUUUAUUUGAGGUUACUGUCGAUCCAGAUUCACAUCCACAGUUGCAUGUUUUCCUGAAGCAGGUUGUUGGAUUGGACCUUGUGGAUGAUGAAAGUAAGCCUGAGAGGAGGCCUACAAAACACAUGCCUACGCCAGCUCAAUGGACAAAUAUAUUUAACCCUGCGUUUUCGUAUUAUGCAUACUACUGUUAUGCUAACCUUUAUACUCUGAAUAAGCUUCGCGAGUCCAAAGGUUUGACAACUAUUAAGUUCCGACCUCAUUCUGGAGAGGCUGGUGAUAUUGACCAUCUUGCCGCAACAUUUCUCACGGCUCACAAUAUUGCACAUGGAAUCAAUCUUCGAAAAUCUCCCGUGCUACAAUACUUAUACUACCUAGCCCAGAUUGGUCUGGCUAUGUCUCCUUUGAGCAAUAACUCUUUAUUCCUGGACUACCAUCGUAAUCCUUUUCCCACAUUUUUCCUCCGGGGCCUCAAUGUAUCUCUAUCAACUGACGACCCACUACAAAUUCACUUGACAAAAGAGCCCUUGGUAGAGGAAUACAGUAUUGCAGCCUCUGUGUGGAAGUUAAGUUCAUGUGAUUUAUGUGAGAUUGCUCGUAACUCAGUGUAUCAGUCUGGAUUCUCUCAUGCUUUAAAGUCACACUGGAUUGGUCAGGAGUACUUCAAGCAUGGUCCUGAUGGAAAUGACAUUCAUAAGACAAAUGUUCCUCAUAUUAGACUUGAAUUCCGUGACAUGAUAUGGAGAGAGGAAAUGCAGCUGGUUUAUCUGGGAAAAACAAACUUCCCCAGGUUUAUUGACCCGUGA